AUGUCCUCUCCAGCACCGCCUGCCUCCCUGACGCGCGCCUCGGUCGAAGCCGCCCACGCCCUUAUCAAACCGCACAUCCACGACACGCCCGUCUUGACCAACACCACCUUGACCAACCUCGCCAAUACUCGUCAAGCACCCGAAGCCCUGCAAAGAACACAAUGGGAGGGCCAAGAGCCCGCGCACCCGAGGGUGAAGCUCUUCUUCAAGUGCGAGAAUUUGCAGCGCAUUGGCGCGUUCAAAGUACGCGGAGCCUUCCAUGCCGUAACGCGAUUGAUUGAGAAAGAGGGGCUGGAGCAAGUGCAGAGGAAGGGAGUAGUCACACAUAGCAGUGGUACAUCUACAACCACGUCCCAAGGGGGCUCGGCGGCAUGGCUAACAUCAACACCAGGAAACCACGCGCAGGCCCUUGCGCUUGCUGCAAAGACCUUCUCCAUCCCCGCCCACAUCGUCAUGCCCUCUAUCUCCACGCCCUCUAAGAUAGCCGGGACCCGCGCCCAGAAUGCCAAUAUACAUUUCUCCGGCUCCACGAGCACCGAACGCGAGGCUGUCGUUGCAGACGUAAUCAAGGACACAGGCGCUACCCUAAUUCCACCAUACGACCAUCCUCACAUCAUCCUCGGUCAAGGCACAAUGGCGCUGGAGAUACAAGACCAAGUAGAUGAGCUGCUUGCAAGCGGUGAGAAACUCGAUGCCGUCAUAGCGCCCUGUGGUGGCGGCGGCAUGCUAAGUGGAAUCGCAGUCGCACUGCACGGCACUGGCGUACGUGUUUUCGGCGCGGAACCCAGUUUUCAAGGUGGAGACGAUGCGAGGAGAGGCGUUGAAGCGGGUGAACGUGUCACCAGCGUCAAGACCUUGACCAUCGCAGACGGACUUCGCACACCCCUCGGCCAUCACACGUGGAACAUCAUCUCGAACAAAGACUACGUGCAGGCCCUAUACGCCGUCACGGAGCAGAACAUUAAAGAUGCCAUGAAACUUGUCCUGGAGAGGAUGAAGUGUUUCGUUGAGCCGAGUGCCGUCGUUGGGCUGGCAACUAUAUUGUACAACGAGGAUUUCAGGAAUAUGGUUCAGAGGGAGGCUGGGGACAAGACUUGGAACAUUGGUGUUGUGUUUAGUGGAGGCAACACCACGAUAGAGGCUAUUACAAAGAUCUUUGCCGAGGUACCGGAGGAUAGGGCAGAGAGGCAGGAGGGCGUGCUGGGUAGAGAUGGUAGGAGGGUAGCUGAGAACGUUGCGGGUUAA